CAAUCUGUUUUCUCCAGCGGAGGGCACUCAGUGUAUCACAAACUCAAGCAUUAGCACCAACAAGCUCUGAGCAUCAUCAGUCUCUGGAAAGCCUUCUGAAUUAGACAAGGGCUGCCUCUCAGCACAGCUACAAAACACUUUAAACCUGACCAGCUAAAUGGAUAAACCUAGCCUGCAUAGCUUUUAAACUGGGGUCUCACACAGCACAGGAGGCCUACUUGCUUCAAGAACUGAAAAUCCAGAGGAUGAAUUGCUUUAUCUGGGAAUGGCAAAAGCCAGCACAAUAAGGAAUGCCAGGUAUUCUGAAGAUUUUCUUUUUUUCCUCUCUUUUUACAGAGAAGUUGGUUACCUCCGAGAUGGGCUGUAGCUCUUUCGCACAGAUUGCCAAUUACUGCUGAUGGGUCUCUGGUGAAUUACACAAUGGUCCUCAGAGCCUAGAGGCCCUCCCCCCUCCCCCAACAGCUUCCUUUUUCCUGCCCUCCUCAUCCCACCCCGUGCUGAAUUUUUUUUUUUAAUCUAUAUGUAUGUAUAUUUUUUGCCUGUCCUCUCCGGGGAAGUUUGUAUGGGGCUGCUAGCUCACAUGCGGGAUCAGAAUGGUGUGAAUGACAGCCAGCCGCACUGUGUCAUGAAGGUGGUGGUGGUGUCGGCACGAGAGACCAAAUAAGAAGAAAGCGGAGAGAGGGGGGAGACGUUUUUGGAUGACAAAGGAUGGGUUUCCAUUUAAUUACGCAGCUGAAAGGCAUGAGUGUGGUGCUGGUGCUACUUUCCACGCUGCUGCUUGUUAUGCUCACAGGGGCUCAGAGAGCUUGCCCAAAGAACUGCAGAUGUGAUGGCAAAAUUGUGUACUGUGAGUCUCAUGCUUUCGCAGAUAUCCCUGAGAACAUUUCUGGAGGGUCCCAAGGCUUAUCACUAAGGUUCAACAGCAUUCAAAAGCUCAAAUCCAAUCAGUUUGCUGGCCUUAACCAGCUUAUAUGGCUUUAUCUUGACCAUAAUUACAUUAGCUCUGUGGACGAAGAUGCAUUUCAAGGGAUCCGUAGACUAAAAGAAUUAAUUCUAAGCUCCAACAAAAUUACCUAUCUGCACAAUAAAACAUUUCACCCAGUUCCCAAUCUCCGCAAUCUGGACCUCUCCUACAAUAAGCUUCAGACAUUGCAAUCUGAACAGUUUAAAGGCCUUCGGAAACUCAUCAUUUUGCACUUGAGAUCUAACUCUCUAAAGACUGUGCCGAUAAGAGUUUUUCAGGACUGUCGGAAUCUUGAUUUUCUGGAUUUGGGUUACAACCGUCUUCGAAGCUUGUCCCGAAAUGCAUUUGCUGGCCUCUUGAAGUUGAAGGAGCUCCACUUGGAACACAACCAGUUUUCCAAGAUCAACUUUGCUCAUUUUCCACGUCUCUUCAACCUCCGCUCAAUUUACUUACAGUGGAACAGGAUUCGCUCCAUUAGCCAAGGCUUGACAUGGACAUGGAGUUCCUUACACAACCUGGAUUUAUCAGGGAAUGAUAUCCAAGGGAUUGAGCCAGGCACAUUUAAAUGCCUCCCCAAUUUGCAAAAAUUGAAUUUGGAUUCCAACAAGCUCACCAACAUCUCACAGGAAACUGUCAAUGCAUGGAUAUCAUUAAUAUCUAUUACCCUGUCUGGAAAUAUGUGGGAAUGCAGUCGGAGCAUUUGUCCUCUGUUUUAUUGGCUUAAGAAUUUCAAAGGAAAUAAGGAAAGCACCAUGAUAUGUGCAGGACCUAAGCACAUCCAAGGCGAAAAGGUUAGCGAUGCAGUGGAAACAUACAAUAUCUGUUCUGAAGUCCAGGUGGUUAACACAGAAAGAUCACACCUGCUCCCCCAAACUCCCCAGAAACCUCUGAUUAUCCCUAAACCUACAAUCUUCAGACCUGAUGCCACCCAACCUGCCCUUGAAACACCAAGCCCUUCCCCAGGGUUCCAGCUUCCUGGCACAGAGCAAGAGUAUGAGCAUGUUUCAUUUCACAAAAUUAUUGCAGGGAGCGUGGCUCUCUUUCUCUCGGUGGCCAUGAUCCUCUUGGUAAUCUAUGUGUCUUGGAAACGCUACCCAGCCAGCAUGAAACAACUCCAGCAACACUCUCUUAUGAAGAGGCGGCGGAAAAAGGCCAGAGAGUCUGAAAGACAAAUGAAUUCCCCUUUACAGGAGUAUUAUGUGGACUACAAGCCUACAAACUCUGAGACCAUGGAUAUAUCGGUUAAUGGAUCUGGGCCCUGCACAUAUACCAUCUCUGGCUCCAGGGAGUGUGAGAUGCCUCACCACGUGAAGCCCUUGCCAUAUUACAGCUAUGACCAGCCCGUGAUCGGGUACUGCCAGGCUCACCAGCCACUCCACGUCAACAAGGGCUAUGAGACAGUAUCUCCCGAGCAGGACGAAAGCCCCAGCCUGGAGCUAGGUCGAGACCACAGCUUUAUUGCCACCAUCACCAGGUCGGCAGCACCGGCAAUUUAUCUGGAGAGAAUAACAAACUAACGCUGAAACCUGCUCUUCUUCAUUGGGGAAGUUGCCUGGGGGAAGGGCGGGCUUUCAUCUUAAAGGAGAGUGGGUGUCGCACAUGCUCAGUCCAGCAAGCUCAUCAUUCCUGACAAAACGUUUGUGGCAGAGAGAAAAGCAGAAACCCUUCAAGACGGCAGCAAAUGCGCUAGCAGCAUGACCGGGAGAACUACAGAACAUUCUUUGCAUUAAAAUAUGAGACUGAAAUGCUCUCGGAUGUAAAUAGUAAAAGAGUGUCAAGUUCUUAUAAAAAUAGAUUUCACCCUAGCCAUCAAUAGAUUUGUUUGUAUAUUUGGUUUUUCUACACUGCAUGGUUCCAGGGCUGGAGAACCACACGGGGCAAAUCAACGGGGUGGAGGGUGGGAAGUGGGGGAGACAGUACAGUUUUUCUUGUUAGGUGUGUGCAACUCACAGACUUUAUUUCAAUCUCUUGUUUUAUUUUUCCUUUAAAAUGCUGUCUGUUCUUUUUUGGUUUCUUUUUAUUUUUAUUUUCCUGGUCGAGUGAUUCUGUCUCCAAUUCUAAACAUGGGCAAUUAAUGUGUACGUUUUUCCAAAAGCAAAUUUGCUAUACUACAGACCACAAAAGGAAAGAGUUGACUGCUAACUUUUAUAGAACUACUGAAAUGAAAAUGAAAACUCAGUAAGUCUGUGUGAAUGCUUUUUGAAGACACAUGUUGUACACAAUAUAAAGAGUCCAGGUGUUUUUGUUUUUCCCCCAUUGGCAGCCCUCACUGUGUAGAAUUCUGAAAGACACACCUGUGAAGAUCUCCAAUCGAGAAAGACCAACAGAAUUAUUCCCAAGUGGACUAGAAGUCUAUGGAACAGUGGCCAUGUGGUCAAUGAACGAAACUGCCAAGCUGACAAAUUUCUAAGCAUAAGAUAAUGUGUAACAUUGCUUUUUAAAUUAAUUAUCAAUUAGCUUUUGUGUAGUUUUUAUCAAUAAAAGAAAAAAAUUGGUGACAAUAAAUAUAUUAUUUUGUGGUUGGUAUACCACAGCCCACCUAAUGUUGAGUGCUUUAUCUCUAUAGUGUAGAAUGCUUCUAAAAUGUAUCAAGGCAAUUCAGUAAGAUUCAGUUGGAAUCUAUCAAGUGCCUUUUGUGUAUUCUACAGUAAGAUAGGGAAAUCCCAGAGAUGUAGAAAAGAAGUAUGAGAUGUGGCUUAUGACCAAUACAGUUCAUAAUUAUUUUAGAGAAUUAUAUAACAAUUUAAGAAAAUUUAUCCAUGGAAAGGUUAGAAGUUCGUACGAUCUUAUCAGAGAGAAAGAACUGAAUGGCAGCUGACCACUGUCUAGGAGACACAGUGAUCACCUGUUCCUUAGCAAAUACGGUAACCAUGCAUGUAUGAUUUACGAGGCAUUUCCUAUUGACUUCCUUAAUACUGUGGAGCUAUAGCUAGCAAUCCCCAGACUCCCCUAUGGACAUUCCCCUGAUGCAGCUAUUGGUUUGAAUUGCCUCAUUUUAUUUUGAAAACAAAAAGACAUGAUGAAAUUUCUGUCAUCCUUUAUUAGGACAGCUUUUACAUUCAAAAGUGUGCUAACGUAUGAGUAUAGUGAUACUACUGGUUUUAAACUAAGUGGAGAGCUGCCAAUCAUUUAAUUCCAGAUUCUACUAAAACAAUUCACAAAAGCCUUGUAAAUACCUUCAUAUCAAAGUAAACCAAUAAUAAUAAACUAGACUCAAAGUAAACUUAUAAUGAAAACCUUGUAAAUGCCUUCAUAUCAAAGCAUGCUAGCAUAGAGUACAGAGCAUGCUUUUUCUUUUCUCAAAGCCAUUCUGUUUUACUACAAUGUUAAAUUAGACUUAUUGUUGAAUUCUAUCUUGAUGGUAAAAAGAUUAUGUAUUACUAAGGGAACAUUCACUCAAUGGAAUUUUUUUCACAUCAGAUCACAGGGCCAUUGCUAUCAAAUUCUGGUAACUUAUUUUGCUAAUAUUUAUAAUCUUGAUUAUAUAUGAUUUCUUAACUAUGCAAAUACAAAGAAUUGACUACGAUUUUAAAAAUUAAAGAUAAUCCUUGGGCAUUGUGAUUCUUCUUCUAGGAUUCAUUUUCAAGAUCUUCCUAAAUUAUAAGGAAUUCGGGGAGGAUAUCUAUCUAAAUUACAAGGCUUCUCUUAGCCCCCCUCCCCGCCUUCUCCAUCUAUCCAACACCACCCAUACGCCUCAACUUUUACACAAUCCCCUGCAGGACUGAUUUAUCAGAGGACACAUUUGAAAAAUCUUGAUCAGAGGCAGGAUUUGGGCUUCACAGUGUCUAGGUUCAAUGGCUGGCUUUUGUUCCUGAUGCCAGCUUCCUAUUAUGCCAACCUGAGGGCCAUGAGGGAUAGCUCAAAAAUGGUGGUAUUUCAACAGAGAAAUCAUGAACUACAUAUUGGAUUACUGAUCCUUUAAGCCAACAAAUCAAUCAUCUCUGUGUUGCAAGCCUGAUACAACCAAGGAGGAUGCAGAAGCUUCUGUUAGUCAUGAUUCAGACUAAGUUACCAUCUGGUUCAUAAUUGAUUGGGAGUAAAUUUGUCACAUAGGUCACUUUCAUACUGGUUCUGUUCCACUCACAUGGUGGCUAUGUAAUCUGAUUGCCCCAGAGUGCUCCUUCUCUUUCAACAUGGAAGAAGGUUUGCGAUUCUGAAUUGUAGCCUUAAUAUAAAUACUUUUCCUUGUCUUCUAGAAGUCAGCAGUUAACACUGAUCCUACUUAUUUUUCAUGUUGAAAUGUUAAAGAGCCCUCUUCAAGUGAUGCUUUAUUUCAAGACUCUCCUAAUUACUAAUUUGAUUUUAUACUAUAAUGUUUAUUGAAACUCUGGAAGCUAUACAGGUACUAAUUUCAAUGUUGAAGAGUUUCACGGAGUAUUUAUAGAGCAAGAGCAUUAAAACAUGUCUAAAAGCGAUUAUUAAUGUGACACAGUACAGAUUGGAACAAUUAAUUGCCUAAACACUCUGAUGAAUGUUUUCAUAAGUAUUCUUAGUAAUGCUGAGCCUAUUCUUAUUUAUUGAAACAUACAAUUAGGAAAUAUCUAAGAUCAGGGAUUUUCUUGAUGUUUGUAUACAUAUAACUGUGGUUUAAAUUUUCACCCUCCUAAAACUCUAUUAACAAUAUUUCAUGUGUGAACUUUUAAAAAUGAAUAUGUAAAAAGAACCCUCACUUGCAGGAUGCCAAAAACUCAAAUUUUCUCUAAAAGUAAAGUGAGAGAAUGUCAAAUAGUCUCAAUAAUAAAGCAAUGUGAUUGUAAAGAAAGCUCUGAGAGGGUGUAUCCAGCACCUCAUAGAAGCCUUCAUAUACCAUACUUUUAUCAGCAGUUUGAGUGUAGAUAAAGUAGAUCUAUACUGCAAAGUGACUGAGGUCAUGAAACUGGAAAAAGGGGAAAAACUGCACUAUCCCAAUCUGUAAACCUCUGCAUUUUAUGAAUAAUAGAUACAAUUUAAUUAAAUUUGGAAUUUUUGGUUGACAACUUUACAUGACUCAGUAGUGUAACAAAACCACUAAAAAAAAGCAUAGACAUGUACAAAAGUAAUGUUCAUAUCUAAGCUUUGCUGGUCAAACAAUAGCUGGAAUUUAAUAUUGGUGUCACACAUCCAAGGGGAAAGAUACAAGCAUAGCAACCAAAAUAAUGAGAGUUAUGCAAUCCAUAACAAAUGUCCCUGUUUCAUGAAGAACUGAAAACACGACCACUAAUUGGGUGAAGCUAAUAAAGCAGUACAGAUAAUUAAGUAGUAUAAAAAAGCAAAGAGAAGCAGAUACACUCCACUGUACAGGCCCAGGAGAGCCAAGAACUGGUGGAAACUGAUUGUUUGAGGAACCCAAAGGUCUUGUGACAAGGACCUAGAAUCUCCACCUCUGUACCUCUCUUAUUUUUGAAGCCAAAAGAUCUUACAUAAAGGCUUAUUUGCCACGGCCAUGUUACAUAACCUUUAGUUUCCUUUCAUUGAGAAUAAUAUAAAAUGCCCAAGUUCAGAAAUGAGUUAUCUUUAAUUGAAACUAAGGUUUAAUUUUGCUCAGAACAAGUACCCACCUGUAGUGACAUGGUCUCAGCAUUGUUCCUAUAAUAAAAUUCUCUCACUACCUCCUCCUUUGUUUCCUAGAGUUCUGAGUUCCUUCUAUCUUGAUUCAUCUCUGGGCCUAUGGUUCCUUGAAGACUGAAUACUGUCCUUUUCUUGUCAUAUUACCAUGCACCUAUUUUCUGCCUGUGAAUCCUGAUCAUUUGGUUCCCAAUUUGCUCUUAUAAUCUCUGGCCUGUUCUUCAAACACCCAAUGUAUUCUUCUGAGACAGCCUUUGAUUUCACUUCUAUAAUUUCUAGAACAGGUGCUCUAUUAUCUUGAUAUGUUUCCUGCCAGGUAGCCAAUCUUUUUCUAUGUCCUCUGUCCUUAACCUAUAGUACUCCAGGGCUAAACUGCUACUUUACUUGAUUGAGGUAUUCUUACUCUAAUAAGAAAGAUCAGUGGUUCUUAAAUAUUACCAUUAUACCACCAAGGACUUUUAAAAACAGAUGGGGAGAAGAGCAUUGUGGAACACAGUGGUUUAAGACUCCACUUGCCUUUGAAAUAAAUAAAAUAAAUAAAAAAGCUUGUUUGACUCCAUGCCAGCAUGUCUGACUCAGCAGAUUUGGGCUGGGGUCUGAAAUGUCCCUUUCUAGUAAGGAGCCAAAUGAUGCUGAGACUGCUGGUCGAUGGAAAAUUUUAUCCCUUUAGGUUAAUUAUUCUAUGGGAACUCAAAUUUUGUAUUUGAUAUUUAUUUAAGAUUUAAUGUGAAAUAACUUUUUAAAAUAAAAAUCAAUUAAAAACAAAUAGUAGAAUUAUGUGAUCAUGUAAUAUAAAAGGUCCAUGCAUUUUUUGUAGAGAGCAGCAUCUAAAAUAUGCUAUGGAAUACUAAUAGAUAACGCUGUCUGUAAAGGCAACAAAAAAAAGCAGCAACAAUAAUAAAUUCAAUUCAGAAAAGGUCGAAUAUAUGAUAUGCCCCCUUUGGAAAUUCUUAAGGCAAUUUAACAAUUAAAGGGUGUCAAAAUGUUCCUAUCAAAAAUCAUUUAACUUUGUCUAACCCUGAAUCUUUUAAGCAUAUUCCACCAUAAUAACCUUCCUUAAUGUAUUACCGAACAACAAUCACUCUCACACACACACACACACACACAAACAACUAUGUUUUUAUAGAACUCAUUUGGGAAAUGUUGAUUUAGAGAAUUCUCCUCGGUUGACCAAGAAAAACAUGUACAUUGUUGCUGAAAACCAUGUCUACAUUACAAAUGACAUAGUACACCCCUAUUUAUGAUGUGUUGAAGUUUUUUCUUAAAUUCAGCAAUACAAUAAAUUUUAAUCUAUUAAUAAACCAAAUAUCAAAUCUAUCUGAUUCAUAAAAAUAACUAAUUAAAAUGAUGAGAAUAUGGUAUUUUGAGUGGGAAAUAGUUCUCUUUAUAGACUACAUUUUUCUGCCUUUGGAGGAGAUCAGGUCUAUUUUUCUGCUGUAAAAGCAGUUCAAGAUCACCAAAAAGCACAGAGAAAUGUGAAACGUCUUCAUUAUUUGAGUUAACAAGUUCCUAAUCAGUCACUGGACUUGGGUGAUGUCAUUCAUUCACUUUUCUGUGUCAGAGGUUCGCCUUUUACAGGGUACGGAAGCAUUGGUAGGAAGAAAGUUGGGGAAACAGAACUGGACCUAUAGUAUCUCCUUAUAAGAACCAGGGGAUACAGGAUAGUGUUAAAAUGAAAAUUUGACUUCCAGUACUCGUUGUUUGUCCAAAUGACAUGAGAAUAAAAAUAUAUGAAAGCAAAGUUUGACAUGUGCUCAGAUUUUGUAUUGGAAAAGAAAGCUAUUCUACUGAAAAUAAUGGAAAGGCUACCUAUACAAUGGCUAUUCCUUGGAAUCACAAAUAUUCAGAUUAUCCAAAUGCUUAAGUUUGGCUGAACUCCUUUAGGAGAAUCAUUUCUUGAUUUUAGAUGGCACAGGGAAUGUGACUGAGGAGUAAAGAGAUGAGGAUUAAUCAGGUAAGUGAAUUAAACUAGUCUAACUGCCAUAACAAAAUACCAUCAUCUUAGACAACAGAAAUACAUUUUUCUCACACUCUGGAGACUGGAAAAUCCAAGAUGAAGCUUUCAAUAGAAGUUGGCAUUCGGCCUGCACAGCCAGUUUCAAGCACCUGCCAGAGGCCUGCACAACAUACUGUUAUCAGCAGGUUCAUUGCAGGUAUGGUAAAGCUGCACUACAAAGUGACUGAAGUCAUGAAACUGAAAAAAGGGGAAA